AUGACUGGGAUUAAGGCUCAAGUUCAUCCCCCACCUGAUAGUACGCUAUUUCAUGAGGAGGAGAAGAAGAGAGUCGGAGGAAAUUUACCUCAAAAGGUCAUCAAUCAACAGGAAAGAGGUUCUGAUCACGCACCAUCAGGUCAUCACCAAUACCACCAACUGAUUAAUCAUGACGCAAAUGAUACAAAGACUUCAAAUUCGGUUUCUGAUUCGUCUAAAGGUCAAGGAAUUGCAGAAUCGGACCCAGAGGGUAAGAAGCAGUCACCAAAGGACAUAUUCGUUGCUUCCAGCGCUCAGAAAACGAACCAAUUGCCUGGUCCCAACCCUCAGGGCAGCAUAGGUACCGUGCCAUUGGAAGAUUUACAUCCGAAGGAAUUCAGAUCAGCACCUUCUAGGAAACCAAACAAAUUCGACACUUCAAUUACUAGGCCGGGCGUCUUAGACGACUUGGGCAAACUUGAUCAAAAGGAAAUUGAGGAAAAAUUUCACCCAGAUUCCGAUGAUAAGUUAUUUCCAUGGCAAAACGUUGGUGAGUUUCAUGCCUCAGGAAAGGGGUCGCCAAAUACAAAGAUGUCCAGGGUUAUAAAAGCUUAUAUUUUGGAAAACUUCUAUAACGAUUGGUACUGUAACAUAGCCACCGUUCUUGGUACGUGUUUCUUCUCAUGGUUAUUUGCUUACAUUGGCUUUUCAUGGUGGUCUAUGAUAUUCAUCUUCUUGGGAACUGCAACCGUUUACAACGCAGAAUAUACAAGGUUCAAUAGAAAUAUCAGAGAUGACUUGAAAAGGGUUACAGUCGAGGAAACCUUGUCGGAUCGCGUUGAAUCUACUACAUGGUUGAACUCAUUUUUAUCAAAGUUUUGGGUCAUUUAUAUGCCAGUUUUAUCUCAACAAGUUAAAGAUAACGUUAACCCUCAACUGGCAGGUGUUGCUCCUGGCUACGGUAUCGACGCCUUGGCUAUCGAUGAAUUUACCCUGGGCUCUAAAGCCCCUACCAUCAAAGGUAUUAAAUCGUACACUAAGACUGGUAAAAACACCGUUGAAAUGGAUUGGUCAUUUGCAUUCACCCCAAGCGAUGUCUCGGAUAUGACAGCUACUGAAGCUAGGGAGAAGAUUAAUCCAAAAAUUUCCCUGGGUGUUACGUUAGGAAAAAGUUUUGUAUCUAAAACAAUGCCUAUUUUGGUAGAAGACAUUAACGUUGCUGGUAAAAUGCGUAUUAAAGUUGAGUUCGGUAAAACUUUCCCCAACAUCAAAAUUGUGUCUCUGCAACUUUUAGAACCACCUUUAAUUGAUUUCGCGUUGAAACCGAUUGGUGGUGAUACUUUAGGUCUUGAUGUCAUGUCAUUCUUACCUGGUUUAAAGAGUUUUGUCAAAAACAUUAUCAACUCCAAUAUAGGGCCUAUGCUUUUCCCUCCAAACCAUUUGGAUAUUAAUGUUGAAGACAUCAUGGCUGCUCAAUCUAAGGAAGCUAUCGGUGUUCUUGCCGUAACCAUCGCCUCUGCUGACUCUUUGAAAAGCUCAGAUUUCAUCACUAAUACUGUCGACCCUUAUAUUGUUAUGUCUACCGAAGACGCUGUGCCUGGUACCGAUGAAGAGGUACGCACAUCUAUCAAAUCAAACGUUAAAAAUCCUCGUUGGAAUGAAACCAAAUAUAUAUUAUUAAAUUCCUUGGAACAAAAGUUAAACUUAAAAUGCUUUGACUUCAACGAUGUUCGAAAAGAUACUGUAAUUGGUGAUCUUCAAGUUGACUUGGCAGAUUUACUUCAAAAUCCAGUUUUGGAAAAUCAAAUUGCCGACUUAAGAUCCGGUACAAAGUCAAAAGGUAUUUUGCAUUAUUCCUUACACUGGUUUCCUGUAAAAGAAGAUAAUUCAGAAGAAAAAGCUGCCGAACGUGCUGAAGCUAAGGCCAAGGGCAAAAAAGGAGAUGAGAACGAGGAUUCUAUUGAAAAAGAAGAAGAUGAGGAUGAAGAAAGCUCUCAAACUGACGUAGGAAUUGCGAAGAUCACCCUACAAAAGGUCAAAUAUUUGGAUACUACCAGUUCUAUGACCGGCAGUUUGAGUCCAUGCGCUGAAUUAUUUAUUGAUGGACAAAAAGUAAAGAGCUAUAGAACUCUGAGACGUAUCAAUGAGCCAUCUUGGAAUGAGACCAUUGAAGUUUUGGUUCCAUCAAAAUCUAACUCUAAAUUUGUCCUAAAGAUCUUCGAUGACAGAAUAAACGGUAAGGAACUAAUCUGUGAAUACUCAUCUUCUUUGGAUGAUAUAAUGACUACUUUAGAUGCUGCUCAAGAAUUUGUUAAAGGCUCACCACAAGGUGACAUUUAUUUGGACGUUUCUUGGAAAUCAAUUGAAAUGACAGGCGCUUUUGCCGCUGCGAACUCUGUAAGUGAACCUAUCGGUUGUGUUAAGCUGGACGUUAAAGAUGCCAUUAUCAAGGGUGACUUGUCCGGUGUAGGAGAUAUCGAUCCAUAUUACACUGUAUCUCUGAAUAGACGUGUUAUUUACAAGUCCAUAUACCAUUCCAAUACAGAUCACCCCCUUUUCGAUAACAGCACCUAUGUUCCUAUAUUUUCUCCAAACCAGAUUUUGACUCUAGAAUUUCAUGAUUAUCAAAAGAUUGGCAAAGACCGUUUCAUUGGCUCUGUGCAAAUUCCUACAUCAAAUGUUUUCAGAAAAGAUCCUAAAUCAGGGAAAUAUGUUGGGACUAAUGAUAAGAAAGAGAUAUCAAGACUAAAAUUAAAAGACCACAAACACAAAGUAACUGAAAGCAUUGUCAACGUUUCAACGACGUUUAUCCCAAUCACUCUGGUGUAUUCUCCGGAAGAAUUGGUAAAUGUCCAGAAAUUAGAAAAGGAUUUGGAGGAAAAAAGGAAAAAAUUUGAAGCUACUCAAAAAGAAAACAAGCAAGAAAUGGAAAAAAAUCCAAAAGAAUGGGAAGUUGCUGAAAUUGAAGACCCAUUUGAAGGCGAUGAAAAAGCGAUAAACAAGAAGGCCAAAUUAUCUUUAGACGAGUUGAUCAAGCAAAAAUCAGGUAUAUUAUCUAUGCAAAUAUUGGAAGGGACUUUGAGCCCAUCCUCUGCUUACUUAGAAAUCUUAGCUGAUAAUAUUUCAUACCCUGUAUUCACUUGCAUGAAACCAUCUCAAGGCAAAUUAAACUCGGAGACCGCAAAUAUUUUCAUCAGAGAUUUGAAUUACAGCAAACUACACUUUAGAGUAUCAAAAAAACAUGUUGCCAAAGAUUCUGAUGACGUCAUAUCUGAAACUUCUUAUAGCACCUUGAAGCUAUUAAAACAAGCCUACGAAGAGCCUAUGAGGCUAGAUUUCAAUGGAUCUAAAAUGAAGGUUAGGUUUUUGUACACACCUUCUAGCGUAAAAUUACCUAGCAGUGAAAGUGUCGAAGACACUGGCUAUUUGAAUUUAAAGCUUAUUUCCGGACACGGUCUUAAGUCUGCGGAUAGAAAUGGCUAUUCAGAUCCAUUUAUUAACAUUUAUGUCAACAGUAAGAAAGUUUUCAAGUCAAACAUUAAAAAGAAAACAUUGGAUCCCGUAUGGAACGAAGAUGCCAAAAUUCCGAUACUUUCAAGGAGCAAAAACCAAGUCGUAUUCAAAGUUCUUGAUUGGGAUCGCGCAGGUGAUAAUGAUGACUUGGGCCAAGCUACAUUGAACGUUUCCACAUUAGAAGUUGGUAAAACUUACAACUGGAAUCUGAAUUUGAACACUCAAGGAAGUAUCAAGUUGCAAGGUUCAUUCAACCCAGAAUAUAUUAAGCCAAGUUUUGAUAUCGUGAAAGGCGGUAUCGCUGAUAAGCCGAUGAAAAUGGCUAGUGGUGCAGCCCAUGCAACUGUUGGCAUAGCUGGAACUGGUAUAGGAGCCGCCACAGGAGUUGCCACGGGUGGUUUAAAGAAGGGGGGCCACCUUUUGAAAUCCCUAGGUGGCAAUCCGAUGAAAAGAAGCAAGAGUGGUAACGGAAAUGAAUCCAACGGUGCAAAAAAAUCAUCAGAGAAAAAGUCUUUUGAUAGGAAAUCCCCAAGUAACUUCAAUAGUACUAGUGUAACACCAAGGGCUUCAUUGGAUUAUGACCCAUCAGUACCUAACACCAGCUACGCACCCGUUCAAAGCGCGUCUCCUGCAGUUAAGCAAACUGACAACAAUUCUAACUUAAGCAACAAAAAAGAUACCCCUGGUAGCAAUUCAAGAGGACAUUCUCGUGCAAGUAGUUUCGCGCGUACUUUGGCUCCUCACGGUACUUACAAUGGUUUCAUUACCGUGGUUGCUGCGGAAAACGUUGCCAAGCACGUUCAAAUCAAGGUUUCCCUAACCCAAGGUGGUAGGCUAAAACACAUCUACAAAACGAAAAGUCAGAAGGCUAAUAGUGAGGGUAUUGCCGUAUUCGAUGAAGAGUGCUCGUUCAAGGCUUCUCCCGAAGCCAAUUUAGUACUAGGCGCAAUUUCCCAUCAGAGAUUAUCGAGGGAUAAAGAUCUUGGUAUUGCUCAAAUCAAUUUGGGCGACCCUCAAAUCCAACAAGAUGGUCAAAUCUCUGUAAAAUUAGGUGACGGUCAUCUGAUUGUAAAGAUCAAUUACGGUAAAGACAAGAAUAGUCAGGUACCUCCCGUACCAGAAGUUCCUCAAGAAUACACACAGUAA